AUGGCCAUCCCGCGACUAGCGGAAGGAGCCGAAUCUGCCUUCACUUCUCCUGACAACGGAAGACGAAAUGCACCGGAGACAAGUCCGGGUGCCGCAAUUGUCGAGAGGCUGGAAUCAUCUGCUGCUACACCGAUGGCAAAAGAGAGAAGUCCAAACGGUAUGCAGAGUCAAGAUAAAAGUGCACGGAUGUCAUUGCAAGAGCUGACGCCUCUAACCAACUCAACCAAAAAUAGACAGCUAGCAAGCUUGUCUGCAAAGGUGCAGGCAUACGAAGAUGUUAUUAGCAAGCUGAGCAAUCGUUUUGGUGUGUCUGAUGAGCAGCUUGUGAACAUUGCCCUGGCAGCGGAAGCGGCCCCUGAAGUGGCAUUCAACCCAGAAACAUGUCUUGCAGCAGCUGGAGAACGAAGGAUUUCCUGGCAUGCGGGUUCUGAGCCACCGCCCUCCCGAGCAUCAUCCGUUAGUCCGUUUGAAUCCGGUGACCAGACCGAGGAAGACUUUAACAGAGAUGAAACUGCACGAGCAACGGGCUUCAUUGGAAAAAGCUCCGAGAUCACUUGGCUUCAAAGGCUUAGCAAAGAGGUCAAUAGUGAAUGUGAGGCCUGGCCUGCAACUCUUCCCAACACAGAUGACGAGAAUGGUCUGCCCUCUCCAACUCUGACGCCUCGAACGGAGAAUCCAAGCGAGCCAUGGGUGGUGGCUUCCAACUAUUAUCUUGAUGAUUUGGAUAUUCCAACGGCAGAUCAAAAUGACCAGUAUGGAAUCCCAUCACGGGAAACGGCAGGCAAAAUGCUCAAUGCCUAUCUGACUUCGGUGCAUCCAUCCUUCCCAAUCAUUGGGGUUUCAACCUUUGUCCCUCAAUUCCAGGUCUUUUUCAGUCAACCUUCUCUCAAGCCAGGAAACAAGUGGCUCGCUAUACUCAAUCUGAUCUUUGCUAUUGCUGCUAAAUAUGGGCAAUUGACAAACUCAGGCUGGAAGGAAGAUGAUGAUGAUCAUCAAAUGUACUUCUCAAGGGCGCGGGCCUUGAGUUUGGAAGAUCAGAUGCUCCAUCACCCUGACCUACAGCAGUUGCAAGUCGAGGGGCUUACUUCGUUCUAUCUGAUUGCAUCGGGGCAUAUCAAUCGGUAA